GGUCACUGGUUUAUAAUUGGUCGCUAGCUUCCGAAAUCAUGAGAAAUAGGAUAAUCAAAACAUGGAAAUUGGGAAUUUCACUUCUUUCUUCCUACUGAUAUCUCUGUGCUGAUUGAGAGCUUUACAUCGGUCUUGACUUGGCCUUUGAUCUAUGGAUCCGAGGAUGGAUCCCCGGCGGCGACGGAGACGGCUUGCAGACAACGGUGAAGACCUCUUUGCUCAGCUCCUUGGGCGCCGAAACAUGUACGUCCCUCCACCCAUUGCUGCUAACCACAUACAGCCUGGACCUGUGAAUGUAGGCAAUCCAUUCCGGGCCCCAAACAUACCCCCAGGGAUCCCUCCUCCAGGGCUGCGCUUCGGUCUUCAGGAAGAAGAUAAAGAGAUUGAAUUCUUAAAGGGCCAGUGCUGCACGCUGCUUAAUCUGUACGGGAAAGAGAGAAGUUUCAGGCAUACAGGAGGAAGAAAUAAACUGACUGCAGCAUGUAUAGCCUUGGUCGAUUUAACAGAAGAAGAAAACUUCUUUGAGGUGGAGAUCAAGGGACAAGGUGUGGGUAGUGAGGAGAUACGUGUUGGCCUGGCAAUGCAGACACACCCUACAGAUAUGCAUCUUGGUUCAACUAAAACUUCCAUUGGAUAUAGCGUGUAUGAUGGUAAAGGCUACUUUGGCAAACCAGACAUGCUAGUCUGCCCUCCAGCCCAGAACUUUGACAAAGUUGGAAUCGCUCUUCACUUUGAAAAGGCUGAAUGUUUGGAUGAGGAUGCAGGCACAGUCACCUGCCCACUCUCCGUUGUGGUCAACGGAAAAAGGAUCCUUCAACAUGAGAUAACCCUUGACCCCCAGAAGCCUUUCUACCCAGCAUUCAGUCUCGGGGGCAGAGAGCAGCAUGUUAAGUACCUGGGCCUGAGCCGAUGGGCCUACCAGGAAGAGGACAUGCUGAUAGAUGAUGUCAUGGAGGAACAGAUGUGGAGGAGGGUCAACCAUGCUACCACCAAUGGACAGAUUGUGACGUACACUGGCAAGGGGGAGGAUUUCUCAGAGUUUGGCGUGGCACAGGGGCGUAAACGACUCGGCCCAGCAAACCACUAUUUUGAGUUGGAGAUUAUUGACCCAGGAAGGAGUUGCUAUGUGGCCCUUGGAGUGACCCGGAAGGACUACCCAGCUAAUAUGCAUCCUGGCUGGGAUAGGGGGUCCAUUGCUUAUCAUGCAGAUGAUGGAAAGAUCUUCACAGGUCACGGAGUAGGGAACCCUUUUGGACCUAAGUGCCACAAGGGAGACAUCAUGGGAUGUGGUAUUAUGUUUCCUAGAGACUAUCAAACGGACAGUGAUGAUGGUAGCGAUACUGAAGAGGAGAUCAUUGACGAAUGGACACCUGGGAAGCCCAACCCUAACAGACUAGGGGAACCAGCUCAGCAAGAUAACAAUGAUAUCCGUCUCUACGACUUCUCAGAUGACGAUGAUCUCUGGCUUGAUGAUGAGCUGAUCAACGCUAUGGGCGUCGGCGAGAGGAAGCAGGAAAGAACAAAAGUACAAGUCUUCUUUACACGGAAUGGAACAACGAUUGGUAGACGAGAGAACGUGACCAUCCCAGCUGGAGGCUUCUACCCGACCGUAGGCCUCCUCAGCCCGGAGGAGAAGGUCAGGGUUGACCUUCAACCUCUCAGUGGAUGAAUAUUCAUCAAGUUCAUUCUCAUCAAUAUUCAUGAGGUUCAUUCUCAUCAAUAUUCAUGAGGUUCAUUCUCAUCAAUAUUCAUUUCACAAGGAAGUUGGAUGCUCCGCCGUAGGAAACAUUGAGUCGAAGAAUCUUGCUGAUAAACAUCCUUCUGGCUUUAAAAUUUGUAGGUAUAACUGAGCGCAGUAGAGUAUAUUUAUAUAGUAGCUGCACUAUACAAAUUCAACUUAUUAAUGUUUACGUGAAUAUCUAUAAAAAUGUCCAUUCCGUGAGCAAAAAUUAUGAUAAUAAUACAUGUUUUAUGCAAAAGAUUACAAUUAGAACUGAUGAAUAGUCAUGAGGUGCUUUUCUCUUUUGAGGAUUCUCAAAGAAAUACCUCUGUCCUAAUAAGAACAAUCACAUAAUGCACAUGAUUAAUGGGCUUAUGAAUACCCAGUAGUAUUAUGAAUAUUCAUAAGGAAAGUAGUUGGUCAUGGCUAAGACUCAUGAAUACCCAUGAGGUGUUAAGUAUCGGUUCGCUUCAAAUAAUCUAUUUGUAGUAGACCAUACAUAACAUUUGAAUGCAUUCGUAAAACGCUGUAUUGAAAUAUAAUAUAAUAGAUGGAUAAUUUUUCAUUGGUAAAUGAAUAUUCAUUCAUUAGUAGAUGAAUAUUCAUGAUGGUCACGGCAUUGAAUGAACACUCAAGGAUAUAAUAUCAUGUUUCUUCCAUUGCUGUAGCUUUAUACAAAGUAGCCUAGUAUUCUAUAUUAUGUGUUUUACGAUGCAGCGCUAUUGCUAUUGCAAAACAGUGUAAAUAUGUGGCAAUCAACCGCGCAAGACAAAGAGGAGAUAAGCUUAGUGCGAUCCAAUAUCUUCUCAACCUUAUCUAGUUAUGAAUUCUUGUAAUGCUGUCUCACCAUCGUUACAUUAAUUCAAUCUAGCAUUGUAUUUUAAAUUGUUUGAAUUCAUUGCCAUCAUAGGAUUUUCUUCCUAGUCCUUAUUUUAGUUCAUAUGUUUAUUUCGAUUUUGUCUUGCCUUUUAAAGAAAAAAAAACAAGAAAAGGAA